GGCCUUUUGCCCAGUCUGGCCGACUCUCCAGACAGGGCAGGCGGGCAGGUCGCUGCUUGUAAAUCCAUGUGGCGGGGUCUGUGGACUCUGAUAGCCCGCGCGGCACGUGGGCCUCGCAGUCCUAGAUCGUGCACGCGCCAGGGCAGCGGCGCCCCGGCCCCCAGUUCCGGGUCCACUAUCUUCGCUCUGAGCUCUGGCCAAGGCCGCUGCGGCAUUGCGGUGAUCCGAACCAGCGGCCCCUCCAGCGCUCACGCCCUCCGGAGCCUCACGGCGCCCCAGGACUUACCCCCGGCCCGCAGAGCCUGUCUGCGCCAGCUCAGCGACCCCUGCUCUGGGGAGCCUUUGGAUCGCGCGCUGGUGCUUUGGUUCCCAGGUCCCCAGAGUUUCACGGGUGAGGAUUGCGCAGAGUUCCACGUGCAUGGAGGCCCGGCCGUGGUGAGUGGCGUCCUGCAGGCCUUGGGCAGUGUACCAGGGUUACGGCCGGCAGAGGCAGGGGAGUUCACCAGGAGGGCAUUCGCCCAUGGGAAGCUGAGCCUGACCGAGGUGGAAGGGCUGGCAGAUCUGAUCCAUGCAGAAACUGAGGCGCAGCGGCGGCAGGCCCUGAGGCAGCUGGAUGGGGAGUUGGGCCACCUCUGCCAUGGCUGGGCCGAGAUUCUUACUAAGGCUCUGGCCCACGUGGAGGCCUAUAUCGAUUUUGGUGAGGAUGACAACCUGGAGGAGGGCGUCCUAGAUCAAGCUAUGAGAGAAGUGCGGGAGCUGGAGGUGGCACUGGGAGCACAUCUUCGAGAUGCCAGGCGCGGGCAGAGGCUCCGCUCAGGGGCGCAUGUAGUGAUUGCUGGACCUCCCAACGCUGGCAAGAGCAGCCUGAUGAACCUGCUCAGCCGGAAGCCUGUGUCCAUCGUGUCCCCGGAGCCAGGGACAACCCGAGACGUGCUGGAGACCCCCGUGGACCUGGCCGGGUUCCCCACGCUGCUGAGCGACACGGCGGGGUUACGGGAGGGCGUGGGGCCUGUGGAGCAAGAGGGCGUGCGGCGUGCCCAAAACAGGCUGGAGCAGGCUGACCUCAUUCUGGCUGUGCUAGAUGCUUCUGACCUGGCCUCUCCGUCCAGCUGCAACUUCCUGGAUGCCGUUGUCAUCCCCACGGGAGCCAGGAGCCCCAGUCCGAGUGGCCAGCGUCUCCUGCUGGUGCUGAAUAAGUCAGACCUGCUGCCCUCCAACGGCCCAGACCCCAAUCCUGACCUGCCCCCCCACCUACUGCUGUCCUGCCUGACCGGCCAGGGGCUAGACGACCUCCUGGAAGCGCUGAAGAAGGAACUGGCUAUAUUGUGUGGGGACCCAUCCACAGGCCCACCACUUCUGACACGGGCGAGGCACCAGCACCAUCUCCAGGGCUGCCUGGAUGCCCUUGGCCACUACAAGCAGGCGAAAGACCUAGCCCUGGCAGCCGAGGCACUGCGGGUUGCCCGAGGGCACCUGGCCCGCCUCACCGGUGGAGGGGGCACGGAGGAGGUCCUGGACAUCAUCUUCCGGGACUUCUGCGUGGGCAAGUGAAGGGGCAGCCAAAGCUCGGACGCAGGCAGAGUGGACACCAGGAAGCCUUGAAGCAUCUGGGAACAGCUUAGGCCAAGUAAAAAUCUCAUCCCUUCAAGGAAGAACUUGAACCCAAAGCAGUGGUGCCUCUGAUGCUGGUGGUGACCAAGCUACAGCCAACUGGAUUCCCUAGCAGGGACUUCUGGGGGUUCAGGCCCUGGAGUGGGGCUGAAUGGAGGUCCCUUUGGGCACCUGGUGCUGGGGGAGUAAGAGUAAAGGAUUGGGAUGGAA